AAGGUUAGAUCGUAAAUGUUGUGAAUAUUUCAGAUAAACAUCAAAUUUCUAAUUUUUGUACUUAAUUAAAAAAAUUAAAAUCGCCAUAGAAAAUGGCAAUGAAACUUGAUGAAUUUAAUAAGAUUGAAAAAUUAAUUGUAGAACAUACAGGACUGAGCCGAGAAUGUUUUAAAAUUUUAACACAAACUUUUCCACACAUUAAAUAUGAAACUUUACAAAGCAUUAUUUCAUAUUAUGCUCGAACAAAAACGGUCAAGUCAAAAUUAUUACGUUUACGAAAGAGAAUUAUUGACGAGUAUCACCAAAAUAUAAAAGCAAAUGAACCGCCAGGGAUUAUAUUACGUUUAUCGGUGAAAUAUGAUUUUGUUCCUACUAUAUUAGCACGACUUUUAAUUGAAGAUUAUUUAAAUGAAAACGAUCUAGUUAAAAAUCAACAAGUAAUGAAGACAAAAACGAAUAAACUAUUAAAAGAUAGUACUUUAAUAAAUAAUGCGGAUUUAGCUUACGAAGUUUAUUUGUGUGUGCUGAAUGACGAUUAUUUUGGACCUAUAUCAGAUGCAGCAAAACAUUGUAUCGGUUUAGAAUAUGAACAACGAUUAGUGCGGAUAGCACGCGAGAACAAAUUAAUAUUUCAGGAUGAAGAAUUUUUACGAAAAGAUGGAUAUGAUAAAACACCAGAUAUUAAAUUGGAUGUGCCAAUUGCUGUAAAUGGUACAGUCAUCAGUUGGAUUGAGAGUAAAGCGUUAUUUGGACACCCAAAAUUACACGAGGGUUACGAAAAAGAUCAAUAUAUUAGUUAUUGGAAUAGAUUUGGUACCGGAUUGAUAAUUUAUUGGUUUGGUUAUUUAGAAACAAUCGUAAAUCCAUUAGAAAAACGAUUUAUAAUUAGUGAUCGAUUUCCGGAUAAUAUUACUCAUAUGGAUCCGAAAAGUAUUGAAGUUGAUUUAAAUAAAACUGUUUAA